CUCUCUACUCCCAGCAGAUGUAUUACUAAGAUAUCAACAGUUCCUCGAUUUGUUUUUAAAAUCCCUUCCUUAUUUUAUAGAGAUGGAAAUAGAACCAAGGACAUUUUUGAUGAAAGACUGCAUCCACUGACACAGGAAGCAGUUCCAGAGGAAAACUUUCAUCAUAAUCCUGAUCUCGAAUCUAUUUACAAGUUCAUUUCGUCUUUUUUCAGUGCCCUAAAGCUAACAGCUGAAUUUUUAAUAACAACUUUGAUUUACUUAGAACGACUUACAGUUUAUGCUGAGAUCGACAUUUGCCCCACGAACUGGAGGAGAAUUGUUCUGGGAGCCAUUCUUCUUGCUGCCAAGUAUUUGCGCGACUGGGUUGUACGGAAUUAUCGCUUCUGCCAAAUCCACCAGGGCAUCACACUCAAGGACAUAAAUGAGCUGGAGACGCAGUAUUUAUUUCUACUCCGGUUUCGUCUGCACGUCUCUGCCAGUGUCUAUGCCAAAUACUAUUUUGACCUUCGGUCCUUAGCAAGUGACCACAAAUUGCCUAAUGAGUUUGCUUGUCUGCGAAAAGAAAGAGCACAGGCCCUGGAGGCCAUUUCCAGAUAUUGUGAAAACAAAAGCCUGUGCAGGGCGGCUGUAAGAAAACCCCGCAGCUGCGAUAACUUUAGUGCUGCGCAGCGGGCCAGUGCCAUCUUAUCUUAAAUGAGGAGUGAGGGGCUGGGACAUGGUGAGCCCCUCAUGUGCCACGAAUGGAGAAAUGUCACCGCUCCUGCUCAGACCCAGCUAAGUGAUUUCCUUUUAGGGGAGAAAUGAGGGGAAUUAACAUGGUCAGCUUCUCAUCUA